UGUUCGACUUUGCAUUUAAAAACACCCCCUUACUGACAUAAAUUAUUGUUUACCUAAUAUAUAAUUACGCUAUACGUAUUGCACAACCUUUCGUAUUGAUAGAAUAUUUCACUAAAGGGAAUAAUUGAGGAGUUAAAGGGAUAAAUGAAAUUUGGUAUAAAUAAAUAAAUCAUCAAGUUGGAAUAGAUCAAUCAUGAUGUUUCUUUUACUUGCAUAUUUGAUUUCUAUACUUCACUUGCACAACGUCGCUGCCUUAUAUACUUAUUACAUGGAUGAUACAUGCAAUGGUACUGUGGACAUAUCAGAUACAAAUUCUAUCAUGCUGUACCUCACAAAAAGUAGCACUUACAAGCCAAACAUGCAUUGUUCUCUUCUUAUAUCAACAACUAAGUAUGACCAGUUCAUGCUGUAUUUCAAGAACAUUGAUAUCGCAAGCAAACAAAGUGGAUGUACUCAGGACUGGUUGGAGGUACAUGAUGGAAACAGCUUGAAAUCUCCGUUUGUGGCAGGUAUAUCCGGCAGAUUGUGCGGCAGUUAUAUUAGUGACACUGUGAGGGUAUCCACCGGCAACAAUAUUUUGUUAUUUUUUGUAAGUGGCAGCUUAUAUGAAGAAAAGGGGUUUGAUAUGGUCAUCACUCAAUACCAUACAGGUUCAUGUGGCGCUAAGGAACAUUCUUGCCGCAAUGGUCGCUGUAUUUCAGACAGUUUGGUGUGUAAUGGAUAUAAUCCGUGCGGAGAUAAUUCCGAUUGUGCAACCAGCCCCAAUACGGAACAAAUUGUCGUCGUAAUCGUCAGUAUUUUUGGUUCCUUACUUGCCUUACUUGCAAUAUCAGUGUUAGGAUACUGCAUAGUACGCAGAUGUGUUAUGAAAGUGGAGAUGAAGUACGAAAACAUAUAACCAGAUUAUGGUACGGUUUGUCAUAAAUCAGUUCCAAAACAACAUUAUUCGCCUGUAACAUCAUUAAAGAAAGACUGUGAAGUUUCCACUUUUUAUAUUUUAUACUGCACAGGAAUAUCCAGCUUCACAAUUUACAAAAUAGUAUUGCUUGUUGUAGGAUAUAGUUUUGGCCUUGUUAGUCCGUCCGGAGCCAUUUCUAGGAAGUGGUUUAGAAUAUUUAAAUAAACUUCGUAUACAUAUUCACCACUACAGGGAAAUACGGCACACCAAGUUAGUUAUACUGCCCAUGUAAUACCAGCGAUACGAUUGUCCUUAGUUAACUAUAUACGGUACUAUAAAUAUGGCAAUUUCUGCUUCAUACAACUUGUGACAUAUUUGACCAAGAUUUUUGAAACUGAAAUUGAAUUUAGAUCAUCAUAGUGUGGUAUAGUAAAGGCCAUUUAUGGCCAAAAUGAAGCAUCUGAGAACUGAGACAGAGACGUUUGGUUUGGUAAUCCUCUCAGUCAGUAAGAGAACGAGGUUCAACGCUAUCGGCGAAGUACAGCUAAGGCAUUGGAGUUAUACCUAUAUGAUGGUUUUAAUGCUAUACUUUGUAGCAUAUAUAAGCGCUGAGCAUCCAGGAUUAAGGGCAAUCAUAUUGAGUUGCAGCUUCAUGCAAGAAAACAUCGGCUGAACAUCUGUGCGAAAGGAUACUAAUAUGCUGUCGAUGCAAAGAUUGUCUGACAGGAACUUAAACAAAAAACAUGCCAAACAUACUAUUCUCAGCCUAUAGAAGUUUUGAGCUGAUUAUCAAGGUUGUUAGUUUGAAACACUUUUUGAGUGAUUUGCCUGAUCCCUGAAAUUAUCCAGCUGAAUUCAUUACACAUGAAUCAUCUAGGCGAUGUAGCCAGACAAAAGUUUUAUUUAUGAGGAACUGUAGAUAGAUAGAUUUAUUCGAGAAUAUAUAUUUCAUGGAUACAAAUAUUACAAUUAUCACAUUAUAAAAACCAAACAUCAUUACAAACAUGCAUUUAAAUAUAUCACAGAAUUAGCUAUGCCUUAUAUCUCAGAUUGAUAUUAAAGACAAAUGCAUUAGCUCUUUUAUAUAAAAAAUAAAAUAAAUUUUUUGACAUAUAUAUAACAGGAUAACCCGUAAAGUAUUUCUACUUAUUUCUAAUGGGGUACUUGUGAAAAAUAAUCAAGGUACAAAAUGCUACUUACAUGUCAAGCAUAGAUCAGUCAUGUUAUUUCAGAAAAUAUUGCAAAGAAAAUAGCUCUGAAAAAAACAACACUUAGGACUAUGUGAAUCUGCAAUUAUGCACUACGAUCUUUUUAACCAUGUUCCUAUUUAAUAUCUAUAUGCCUAUAGGAAACACUUUUUUUCUCUAAGAUUGUGGCAGUUUCAUUUAAAAUAUACAAACAAUCUAAAUACAAGGUUUUACUUUAUACAAACAGUUUCUUAGGUUUUAUCGUCAAAUUUUGGCAAAAAUAGCUGUCACGACAUAAUUUUCAAUCAGUUAUCAUAUCUGAAGCCUACUUUUGCCCUGUUUUGUCAUUUUCUACCCUGAUCUGCUACACUGUCAGGGAAAUGACUCAUUUAAACUGUUAAAUAUAUUCAACUGUACCUCUAACUGCUAGAAAUAAGCAGUCUUUAGGCUACCAAUAUGCAGUUUUUGAGAAAAAAUACUGUACACCCAAAACAUGAGUUUAAACAUUGAAAAUGCGAUAUUUUUGUGUUUAUCAAUAUUUAACAAAAAUUGCAAUAAAAUUGUCAUUUUCUGUCAAAUUCUAAUCAAAGUAGAUCUUUCCUAUCCUCAUCUGGCCAGAUUUCAAUUUUUACCAAUGUUCCCUUGUAUGUUACACACUAAGUAGGUGUUCUGCUUGCCAUAUUUCCAACGGCUGCAGCACACAUCAUGACCUAUUUUAAAUGUCUGUAUCUUACAUUUUCUUGAAGAAUAUUGUCAGUGCUAAAUAAAAAUCAGAAAAAAUGGGGGUCUGAUGCAAAAAAAAAAUAUAUAUAUAUAUUUUCAGUCAAAUCAUUUUUAGCGCCAUUUUCCUAUGCAGGGUCGAUAUGUCUAACAGAACAUAUGGGAAGCCAUCUUGAAUUUGUUUAAAACUUAAGUUUGGGUGUUUGAAAUAAAAUGUGUGUAUCUUCUGUGAUGCUGGUCAUUUAUCACAGAAUUAGAAUUUUGUGCAAUUCUUAAACGGUUUUUCCUGUAUAAUGAGAAUUUAAUGGCUGCCAUCUUGGACUUUGGUGGCCAUCUUGGAUUUUUUUAAAACAGUCAUGAGCUUGUUUGUUUGUGUUAUACUUCAUUACUACCAUGCAAAAUUUCGCUUUCUUAAUAAAAAAUAUUGACAUAAUUAUGGGUCGAUUCCACAAAUUCACAGUUAUAAUUAUAUUUUGAAAUUUUUUAUCCAAAAAAAAUGCAUUUUGUACCAUAAUACUUUUCUAUACUUUUAGUAUGCUGUUAAAAACCAUAUUGUAUAAUGCUUUCACCAAAAAUCAAUUAUUUGCGAAUUUUUCUUCUUUUUUUCAUAUUUACUAGUAGUGCACACACAAAUUCGUCAUGAUUUCUUAAGUAAUGUCAGAUUUAUUCCCAUAUAGUUGUUAAAAAAUCAACAUAUUUGUACAUUACAAACUCACCAGUUGGUAGAAUUUCAUUAAACUUAUUUCAUUCUUUUCAUGAACAUUUAUCAUCAACGUGUUAAAUGGUUACCCACAUCCGUUUACCCCCACCAUCCUGGUACUCCCCCUCCAACCCAGGUAUGCAGGAUAUAUUUCUUUGCCAUUCCUCACCACGAUCCCAUUCGGCGGGGGAUACAAAAUCGAAUUCGCUUGAUUUUAACUGUAUCAGCAAUACUUACGUAAACCCAGCCAAGUUCAUUUGCAGACUAUUUUAUACCUGUUUUAUGCAUUAAUAAAUACCUG